AUAUCAAGUCAAAUGCUCAACAUUUGAACUACAAAGAAAAAGAUUUUACAGGCACAGUAGUGGAGGUGUUUAAUGGCGAUGCUAUCAAUGUUAAACUUCCUAAUGGUUUAAUUAAAAAAGUGUUCUUUUCAUCAAUACGCAUUCCCCGAGAUACCCGUUCUGUUGUAGGGGCCGACGGUGAGGAAGUUGUCAAAGCUCCGCCACGUGGUGAGAAUUACCGACCGUUGUACGAAAUUCCCUUUAUGUUUGAGGCACGGGAAUUCCUGCGUAAGAAACUUGUUGGUAAGAAGGUUCAAUGUGUUCUGGAUUAUAUAUCGCCUGCGCGUGAUAAUUUUCCAGAAAAGUACUGCUACACCGUACUUAUUGGUGGGCAGAAUGUUGCAGAGGCCAUGGUGGCUAAAGGUCUGGCUUCCGUGGUACGCUAUCGCCAGGAUGAUGAUCAACGCUCUUCUUGCUAUGAUCAACUUUAUGCUGCUGAAAACCAAGCCAUUAAAGGUCAAAAAGGCAUGCAUGCAAAGAAAGAGAACACUCUGUUACGCGUUAACGAUCUUACCCUUGAUCAUUCCCGCAUAAAGGUCCAAUACUUACCUUCAUGGCAACGUGCCUUACGCACAGAAGGUAUAGUAGAAUUUGUUGCUAGCGGUUCACGUCUACGUCUCUACAUUCCGAAGGAUAGUUGUUUGGUUACUUUCCUAUUAGCAGGCAUUUCUUGCCCACGUUCAUCGCGCCCCGCUUUAAAUGGGGUACCUGCACAAGAAGCUGAGCCUUAUGGAGAUGAGGCACUGACUUUCACCCGCGAUCGUGUUCUUCAACGUGAUGUUUCCGUUCAUAUCGACACUACUGAUAAAAAUGGUACUUCAGUGAUUGGAUGGUUGUGGCUGGAUAACAACGUAAAUUUAUCUGUUGCUCUGGUGGAAGAGGGUUUGGCGGAAGUGCAUUUUAGUGCUGAGAAGUCUGAAUAUUAUCGAAUGCUUAAGAAUGCAGAAGAUCGUGCCAAAGCGGCCAAGAAGAAUAUCUGGGCCAAUUAUGUGGAACAAGUAGUAGAAGAGAAACCUGUUGCAGAAGAGGCAGAAGACAAAGUUGUUUCGGAGCGUAAAGUUCAACUUGAAGACGUCAUUGUUACUGAGAUUACUGAAAAUUUAUCAUUCUUUGCUCAAUCUUGUGCCAGCGGUGCUAAGUUGGAUGCCUUAAUGGCUAAGUUACAUGCAGAUUUCCAAACUAACCCACCCAUCGUGGGUACUUACACUCCCAAACGUGGUGACUUGUGCGCUGCACAAUUCUCUGCAGACAACCAAUGGUACCGCGCCAAAAUUGAACGUGUUCAAGGCAAUAAUGCAACCGUGUUGUAUGUGGAUUACGGCAAUAGAGAGGUUGUGCCCUUUAAUCGUCUGGCAGGUUUACCAUCUGCCUUCUCCAGUGAGAAACCUUUUGCUACCGAGUAUGCCUUGGCUUUGGUACAACUGCCCCAGGACAAUGAGGAUAAGGAGGAAGCGUUGCGUGCCUUUGCGGAAGACGUACUCAACCGUAAGGUUCAACUGAAUAUAGAACUGAAGCCAUUUAACAGCCUUCCGUUAGCUACGGUUUACGAUCCCUCUACCAAUGUUGAUAUUGGCAAACAACUGGUCGCGGACGGUUUGGUAUUAGCCGAGAAACGUGGCGAACGGAAGCUGCGUGAGCUGGUCGAUCAAUAUUUGGCCGCCCAACAAGCUGCUCUAGCUGCGCAUUUAGCUAUUUGGAAAUACGGUGACAUCACCCAAGAUGAUGCGCCAGAGUUCAGCCGUUAAGUGCAAACACCAUGCGCCUCAGCGAAUUGGAGGUUUGUCUGCCACAUACCCGCCCUUUAAAACAAUAACAACAAGCAACAAAAUGAAAUAAACGAUUACAUACAACCGCUAUCGUAUAAAAAGAACGAACACGAAAGAAGUUCCCACUUAUUAAAACAAACAAACAGAUCCAAUCUUCUUCUUCGAUAUAGGUUAUACAGAAAAAUUACGACAACAACAACAACAACAACAGCAAAAGAAAAUACAUUAUUCAUAGUUAAGCUUCCGAAUUUUAAGAGCAAAGACAUAAACUAUACUAUUGCAACAAUAACAACAAAUAACCCUAAAAAUUUCGAAAUGAACACCAAGGCAACAAUAGCAACAAACAACAAUUCUCAAACGAUAAAUUCCCUUUUUUUAUACAACGCGCAAGAAAAUUUAAUGGUAACUCAUUCGUAAAAGGCAAAAGUAAACUAAAAAACGAAAAAAAAGAUUUGAAAAU